GGGGGAGGGUGCACGGGAGGAAGGAGGAAGCCGCCAUCUUGGAGCGUCGAGUCGCCAUAACAAGGCACCAAGCGGGAGCCAGAGGAUUUUAUACCCGGGCGAGGGGCGAGCGCAGCUGGUGGCGUUUGGAGAACACCUCGGGGUUGGUGUCCGGCUCUGUCGAGUGGCCCCGGGUACUUUGGUGACUCGUCCGGUUUUACGAAGUUACCGAGCAGGAGAAAUCUCUGGUGGAACAGCGCGUCCAGCCAGCAAGAAAAAUCCUAGUUCUGCGAAGUUUAAGGUUUUGCUGCGAGGCUGGAAUCGGCACGCUUGGAAACAGCUGGGAGGAAUCGGAAUUCCCUCUCUAUCCUCUCGAAAUGGUCUUGAAUGCGCCUUUUAUUCACUGGGCAACGCACCUUCUUUUUGUGGAUGCUGAAGUUAGGAAGCGGUAGUCUGCUGGUUUUUCCGUUGUGUUUUCCCAAGGUACAGACGUGUUAUGUUGUAGAGUGAAAACGGCGGAGUAACUUAAGGGCUUUGUUAACUCUAACUGGAACGUCCACUUCAUACUGUGAUCUUGCUCCCUGUCACAAACUGGUGCAUAACGUUGUUGCUCCGCAUUUGAGGGCGGCUUUCCUGUGUCCCAGAGCUAGGGGAACGCCAAGUGUCGGCCAAGCAAUUGAUACAGUUGCUUACUUUGGUGGGGGGGCAGAUUGAAGCAAGUGAAUUCUGAUAUAACUCAACUUUGUUAGAGGGCUUUUUUUAAAAAAAAAAAAGUUGAUCCACAGUGCAUCAGAGCAAGUUACUACUUUACUUUUGAGUGACUUACAGGUGCUUGCCUGCAUUGCAAUAAAGGACUCAUAUAUUGAGCAAGACUUAUUUAUCUCUUCGUUUUGGAGAGUCUAAUAAACUGUUAUUACAGUUUCUGUACUGACUUUCAAAGUUUUGAAGUCUAAAAAGACAUCUUUAAAAACAUGAGCACGGCCAGAACAGAGAACCCUGUUAUAAUGGGUCUGUCCAGUCAGAACGGGCAGUUGAGAGGCCCUGUAAAACCCAGCGGGGGCCCGGGAGGUGGAGGCACACCGACUCAGCAGCAGAUGAACCAGCUGAAAAAUGCCAACACAAUCAAUAAUGGCACUCAACAGCAAGCACAGAGUAUGACCACCGCUCUCAAACCUGGUGAUGACUGGAAGAAGACUUUAAAACUCCCUCCAAAGGAUUUGAGAAUCAAAACUUCGGACGUGACCUCCACAAAAGGAAACGAGUUUGAAGAUUACUGUUUGAAACGGGAGUUGCUGAUGGGAAUUUUUGAAAUGGGCUGGGAAAAACCAUCUCCUAUUCAGGAGGAGAGCAUUCCCAUUGCUUUAUCUGGUAGGGAUAUCUUGGCUAGAGCGAAAAAUGGAACAGGCAAGAGUGGAGCCUACCUCAUUCCUUUACUUGAACGGCUAGACUUAAAGAAGGACAAUAUACAAGCAAUGGUGAUUGUUCCCACCCGUGAACUAGCCCUGCAGGUCAGUCAAAUCUGUAUCCAAGUCAGCAAACACAUGGGAGGUGCCAAAGUGAUGGCAACAACAGGAGGAACCAAUUUGCGAGAUGACAUAAUGAGGCUUGAUGAUACAGUGCAUGUGGUGAUAGCUACCCCUGGGAGAAUUCUCGAUCUCAUCAAGAAAGGAGUAGCAAAAGUUGAGCACGUCCAGAUGAUAGUAUUGGAUGAGGCAGAUAAGUUACUGUCUCAAGAUUUUGUUCAAAUAAUGGAGGACAUUAUUCUGACGCUGCCUAAAAACAGACAGAUUUUGCUUUACUCAGCCACUUUCCCUUUGAGUGUGCAGAAAUUCAUGAAUUCCCAUUUGCAGAAACCUUAUGAGAUUAAUCUGAUGGAGGAGCUGACCUUGAAGGGAGUUACCCAGUACUAUGCUUAUGUAACUGAGCGUCAGAAAGUACACUGCCUCAAUACGCUGUUUUCCAGGCUCCAGAUUAACCAGUCGAUCAUUUUCUGCAACUCCUCUCAACGGGUUGAAUUGCUAGCCAAAAAGAUCUCCCAGCUGGGCUACUCCUGCUUCUAUAUCCACGCUAAAAUGAGGCAGGAGCACCGCAACCGUGUAUUCCACGAUUUCCGAAAUGGCUUAUGCCGCAACCUUGUUUGCACUGAUCUGUUUACCCGAGGUAUUGAUAUCCAAGCUGUGAAUGUGGUGAUAAACUUUGAUUUCCCAAAGCUGGCAGAGACUUAUCUCCAUCGUAUUGGCAGAUCAGGUCGCUUUGGUCAUCUUGGCCUGGCCAUCAACUUGAUCACCUAUGAUGAUCGAUUCAACCUGAAAAGUAUUGAGGAGCAGCUGGGAACUGAAAUUAAACCCAUACCAAGCAACAUUGACAAGAGCCUGUAUGUGGCAGAAUACCACAGUGAACCUGUAGAAGAUGAGAAACAGUAAACAUGCUUUGAUUACACAUGCCAGAAGGUGAAGCCCUUUGAUCCGGAUCUGUGACACAUCGUUUCCUUGGGGAUACCCUUCUCUUUCUGGGUUUUUCUUCGUCUUUUCGUUUCGGAACUAUGAAGACUAAAGAGCUCGGCCUUUUUUUCUUUUUAAAUUUGGCAGCAAGGAAGAAAGAAGAUAAAAGGAGGAAUGUCUUUUUGUUUUUCCACUUGUUUGCACUGUGUGCUGAUUGAACAUUAGUUGCACUAACUGCUGGUUUUAAUUUUUUUUCUCUUUGGGUGGGAGGGGCAGCAAGGGAAGAAGAGAAACCCUGAAAAGAGAAGAAUCUUGGUGAACACAGGCUUGUCUGCUAUUUCAAACUCUUCAACCGUCGACUGAGUGCAUUUCAACUUCUCCCUGGUUACUCAUCUGUUUUUAAGCUCAAGAGCUUGUUACUUAUUCGUGCAAAGUGCCUUAUGCUAUGAGACCAUUCAGAAUAUCACCUUUCCGACAGCCCAAGGAAUCAACCGCUGUUUUUGGUUUCAGGUCAAAGUUCCCCUCUCUUCCCCCUCUCCUCCUCCCCAAGUACUCAAGCCCAGGGCUGGGAGGUGAACCGUAUUGGUAAUACUACUUAUUUCUUCAACUUUUUUCUUUUUUUAAUUGGAGGAGUUGAUAUGCAUCUGCAGUUCACCCACACUGUAAAUACGUGUAUUUAAAACAAAACCAACUUAAAAUCUGGGCUGGUUAGGUGCAGCAUCAUAGCUCCAGAAGGAAAGAGUAGCCUGUCGUCCUUUGCGGGAGCCACAAGAAAAGCCCUAUGCUCUAGCAGAACACUAAAGACUGGUUUCCAUAAGUCUCCAUCAGUAGUUACAGCACUUGAUACGUAGACUUGUUUCAGAGCCAUGGCCCUCUUUCCUCUGGUGCAGUGUGUCCCAUAGAAAAUCAGAUGUGUAUAUUGUACAAACUUUGUAAAUAUGAUUUUUUUUUUGUUGUUUUUCUGUUUGGGUUCAUAUAUAACUUUUUCUUUUGUGAUGAAGGUUGCUGAGGUUAAAGGGAUUAGACUGAUUAUGGGAGCAGCUAAAGAUGAGAGGGGCUCAGUUUUCUGCAACACUAACCGAUGGGAAGUGCUCUGACCUCUGUGGAGAGCAGGCCUCUGCAGGCGUCCCUGCCAGGGUGGGUUUGCUCUGGUGCUAGCAGCGUUGUCCUGUGCCGCUCACGUGGAAGGGAUCACUCGUGGGGCUGCCAGGCCCCAAAAUCUGUAGCUCAGCCUGUUGGGAGAUGCCCUUCCGUUUUCCCCCUUAGAAACCUGAGGAACUGUACAAGCUCUGCAGGGGCCGUGGCUUGUGUUCCACCAUGGCGUGAGGGAAAUCCAGCGGGUCUCGGUGUUGCUGCGCGGUAUGUGCAUAAGGCGUGGAUUUUGGAUUUAAGAGGAACCAUAGAAAACCAAUUUACAUGCAUAAACUGACAGUUCUGGAGCUUUGUGGGAUUGAUUCACUUCCUGCUGCAUUGUGCAUUUUCUGCCCAGAGCAGCCUCUACACAGACGUGGGAGCAGGUGAGGGCAAACCCCUCGUAAUGUCAGAAGCUGCCGAAGGCUGCUUGCCAUCUUCUCCAUUUUGGCAUGAACUGCUGUCUGUCGUUUUGCAUUGUAUAUUGCUGAAAAGUGCUUUCUGGUCAAGUAGUGUUGCUUUAAAUUGUGCCCCUCCCACCAUGCUUGAUGUUUGGCCUGAUCUACAGGCAAAAGGAGUGAGACAAAUCAAAACCGUACUCUUUUUAAAUUCCCUUUUAGCCUGUUCACCAACACUGUCAGGAGGCACCUGGACGAAUGCAGUCCCUUUGGCUUGGUCGUUUAUUGCGUAUACAGAUGCUGCACUCACACCACGCUUGCUUACCUUCGAGGCAGGAAUUAAUUGUCCUAAUUUCUUCCCAUUUUGACCCUGUUUCUUUCUUUUAAUUUCGAGUGAAAUUGUUUGGAACUACAAGGUGGACUUACCUGUCCAUUUCCUUGAGGAUCAUAAAUAGCAGCCAGGUGCCUCCUGACAACAACUUUACAAGAUGGAAAGGUUUUUGUGUUUGGGAUUUUUUCCUUUUGUCAGCAGUGACUCCAUAAUUGUAGCAAAUGCUGCACUAGAACACAAACUCAAGAGCUUGGUCACAGACACUCUGUGAGCCACACAGCUUACGUUUGACUGGCAGGUACUACAUGUAAACAAUUUUGGGGUGCUUUUUGGGGGUGGGGGUGGGAGUUUGUGGGUGGUAACUUUGACCAAAAGUAAAAUCUUGCUCUUGUACUGCAGCCAGCUUAUGAUUUUCCAGAGAGACAGAAGAGGGAUCAUUUCAGUGCAACAAAGACAGGAAAAAUGUACAUAAGUUUUGUAUCGUCCCAGGGCACACGCACGUAACGAGAACAGGAUAGCAGUGUCGGCUCAGACGUGUGCUCUGUGUGGAUUUGCGGUAGGUUAGCCUGGUGCCAUGCAGCUGUGAUCCCUCUUGAAGCACAGAACUUCUGAAAGUAUUACUUUAAACUUGGCCUCGAAUUGAGGAUUGGCACUUACCUGAGCUAUCGGGGGCACCAUUUUAGGUGGCUUCUUGUUGAGGAAGAAGCAGCCUAUUUUUGGUGCUAAUAGGCUAUUUUGCAACAGAUGCAAUCUUGCAAAUGGAAAGAUGCUCCAAAGGACUAGGAUAAUCCUAGUGGCGCUUUUUUCCCCACCCCGCCCCCCCAGGAGUGAGGCCGGUGUAUAAAUCUUGGCUUCCUGAGGUGCCUCGCGAGCUCCUGUUCCUGCUGGUCACGCACCAGCCUGUACAUUUACAUGUUACUUGGAGCCCCCAGUGGUGAGCCCUGGGUCAGAUACUUCCUCUGACACAGACGACGCGAGUGAGAAUCUGGGGUAUUCUGCACUCUGUCCCUUGGAAGCCUCAGAGUGUCACUGGUGAAAUGGAGCUCCACAGCUGGGUGAGGUGGCUGUGAAGAGGGUGACAGCCUUCAGCCAGCUUACCCAGGGAAGCUGCAGGCUGCUCUGUCUGGAGGGCUCUGCAGUUGCUGGAGGGUUUUCCCAAAGGGAGGGGGGUGGGUUGGUCUCAAAUACAUGUUUCGAUUUCCAGAAUGAGAUGGGAGCAUCUUUCCUUUGCCUUCUGACUUUUUUUGUGGGUAAGAACAGGGAAGCUCAACAUGAAUUCAUGUUGUGUACGUGUUGGUAUCAAAUCAUCUCAUUCUGAUCUUUUGUUCUUUAUUUUUUACUUGGGAUGGGGGUGGGUGUCUGCUCCGAGGAUUUAAUAAUGCUUCACACACUUUUUUUCCUCUCAAAUGAUUAAUAGGACGCAAAGCUGAGCAGACGGCUGUCCUGCCUCAGUUUCUGUUGCAGGGCUUACGGAGAUGCUGUGCCACGUCUCCUGAGCCGCUGCUGCACUGGUUCUUGUGCUGGUGCUGGACUUCUUGUGCCACUGGGGUCGAGCAGCUGUUGCUUUCUGAGGGCAGAGCUUUGUUCCCCGGAGCUCUGGCGGUACGGCUCUGGUUUGGGCAGCAAUAGCCUGCGCAGGGAGUUCUGCGCUGCCGUGAUCUCUGGUCCGUCUCUCGUGGGUCGCAGUUGGUGAUGAACUGGGUCUCUGGACCAGAGAGCGUCUAGUCUGCAAAAUGCGGCUUUGGCAGAUUGUCCUGUGGGUUUUGCUCAGUUCGUGGUCGUGUUGCUAACGUGUCCCCGUGUGGAAGCGUUGUUAAAUUCUGCGGUAGACAGGGAAGGGUAAGGAGGGGUGGGGGGAGGGAUGGGUUUAUUAAGAUACAGCCUUGCUGUAUUUUAACCAAUAAUUAUGGGGAAGGGGUGUCAGGAGGAGAAAAGAGUCACUGUUCCCUUUAUUGAAAGAAACUGGAACUUUUAUUUCAAGAAAAAUUACUUGCAAUUCAGGUGGAAUAUUAUAAUCCACUGGUCCCUGGUCAAGAGGUUGAUAUUUUUACUGUUAACCAGCAAACAACUUGGACUAGUCCUCGAAAACAUUCAGGGGAGGGAGGGGAAAAUUGGCUUUCUGUUAAAAUGGUAAUUGGCAAACUCCAGCGGAGCGCAGGUUUUGUUGAGUGUGUUUUCUCUGGCGGUGUGUCUGUUGCAGCACUGGCUUGUGAAAAGCUUCAUGAGUGCCCAGUGCAAAAAAGAUGAAUGGUAAAAUCCUGAUUUUGUUGAUUAAACUCAAUAAAAGCUCCCUGGAACUCCA